AUGAGUUGCAGUAGCGUGUCGCGAGGUUCAGAGAGCGAUGCGCCGACAAAGCGUUCAGCGCCCAUGCUCAGUCUUGGUAUACAGACUGGCCAUAUUCUCAAUCGAGACGGACACGUCGUCACGCCAUUUCCUACACCGCGCGCCUUGCCGCCACUGGUACAAACGGCGCGUUCAGUUGCAGGCAGCAGGACCACGGGCGAUCAGCAGGAAUUGGACAAGUUCGACAAGUACUUCGGAGAGUUUAUCUUUGCGAGUGAAUGCAGCAAGUAG